AUGGCAUCGCGGGAGCGCGCUACCCAGGCGCGGCAUGUGAUGCUGCUGUCCAAUGAUGCACCGGUGUUGAAUCGAUGUGCCAAGGAGGAGGCGCACCUCAAACAUCGCCUCGCUCAGUCGACUGCCGCCUGCGUGCUCAUGACGCAGCGAAACCACGCCGCGGCCGCUCGUGAGGAGCGUUCCCGCGAAUUGAGGCUGCAGGCGCAGUUCGCAGCGCUUCUCUCCGGCACACGUGGUGUAGUGGUGCCGUCCUCCUCCACAGUAGACUUGACGGAUGCUGCAGAACGUGACAGCGGUUCAGCAGCAGCGACUGAUCGGUUUAAGUCUCAUUCCACCGCCGCCACCGGCGCUGCUGUCGUUUCAUCGCCAGGGCUGAAAUCGAGCAGCGCUGUGGCUGCCAGUGGGAGCGCCACGCCUGCCGCGUCCUUGCUAUGUGCGCUGGGGUUUCCUGACACGUACGAAGCGAGCGGCUUCAAGUCAAUGAUUCACUGGGCUUCCGUGGCGUACGAUGAAACCUUUCUUACCGCAUACGGACCUCGCCAGAUUCGCGAAGUGGCCCAAGCUCAAGCGAUCGCAAGGGCGGGAGGCUCCUCGGAGGCGCGUGAGGCGCAACCGCACAGGCUCAUGACCGCAGUUGCGUGCUACCUGCUCAACCAGGUGCUCUGCGCCGACGCAGCGGUGUCGGAGCUGUGGCAGGAGAAGCUUCGCCAGCCGAUCUUCGACGCUAUAUUUAGCUCUCAGCCCAUUGCAACGGGGCAAGAGCCGGGUCGUGCGCAACGUGGCGGUGACGUCGGGGACGCUGCCGUGGCGGACGCCAUUGUGCACAGAAUGAUUGGUCCACCUUCUCCCCUCUCGUGCGCUGCCACCCAUUCAUCGGUUGCGACAUCGUUUCCACCCCGCACCAACACGUAUACCACGCGCGACGACUUUGCGUCUCUUCGACUCUGGACAGAGGAAGUGACUGUAGAGAAUCGAGAGAAAGUGUCCCUGUGCCAUCGCAUCCGUAGUCUUCAGUACGCCAUGGCACGUCGUCAGAUGGCCGUCCACCUCUUCCAGGGGCGCGCACACCACGCAGAGCUACAAGUAGUCUUCACUGUGUGGUGCACCCACACUAAGCAGCGCCGCGCGAAUCGAACGGCUAUAGAGCUCUACGUGGUGAAUCGGCACCACCGCUAUGUGACGGAGACAAUUUUCCUGCGCUGGCGUCGCUUCACUCUUCGCGCCAAGGUUGAGGCGCUACAGCGGCGCGUGUUGAAAAUCGCGGCGGACCGCGAGUGCGCCGCGCGCGAGCACGCUGCCGCACUGCAGGAGCUACAGGAUCAGCUGGCCACCGUGCGUCGCCAGCACGUGCAGAAAACCUUUGAGCGAGACACGCUGCACGCGCAGGUGCUCGACAGUCACGCCUUGGAGGUCGAUGCACUGCAGCUGAUGCUGCAGAUGGAAAGGGUGCAGGCGGCGCAGUCCAGCAAGUGGGCAACUCGGUGGGAGCGCGUGGCGAAGACAUUUCGUCCCGCAAAACCCUGUCCCGCGGUGCCACGCUCCAUGUGGAUGAUUGCCCGUGCCCUGUUAUGCUCUGAGGAGGCCUUGGCUGUCAUGAUACUGAAUCGCAGCGGAGCUGAGCAAGCGCUGUUGCAGAUACCAUACUCGGUGAUACUGCAGACGCGGGAGCGGUUGGAGCAGCUACUGUUGAUGUGGGUAAAUGCGAUCAUGGAGGUGUCGCCGCAGGCGUCCACGUGGGUCACCGUCGAGGCCUUCAUGUACGGCCACAGAUCACACCUGCGCGGUGUCUUGCUCUCGCAGAAGAAAUCGUCAAGGAAGGUCGUGGCACCGCGCACUGGCGUGACAACCGGUGCAGCGGCAGCGGGAAAAGAUGGCUCGACGUGCGAGUUCAGCAUCUACACACUCAUAUGCCUCGUGCGAGAGCUGCGCCGAUGCUACAUAAAGGCGGGACUGAUGGAAAGUGCGGAAGGUUGGGGCACGUCUGGCGGCUCCACAGUGACCGACUGCUACCAGGAGCUCACACAUCUUUUGGCAGCCCAGACGUGCGGCGGUCUGUACCCACCACUGCUAGUGCAUUGCUCCUCCUCGCCGCUCUGGUUUACGCCUGAGGGCGUCUUUGGUGAACCUGCGUCACGCCUGGCGGGGUCAAAGCGGCAGCAACGGCAGCAGCACACCGCCUUCAUCUGGGUGCUCGCCUCACUUCUCGUGGGGCAUAUUCAGGUCAUGUGGAUGUCACCUCUCGGUGACAGAGAAGCACAGCUGGGCCGGUCGUCAAAGGAGGGCAUGGAGACGCUGCGAUGUAAGUACGAGGCGGAUAUGAUGAAGCUGGCACAAGUUAGCUUCGUGUUGCAGCACCGCGCACCGCCAGCUGGCUUGGGCGCAGCACCUCGAGGCACUUCAGUGGUGGCCCCGAACACACUGUUGCCAAAGAAGCGAGCUGUUGCUUCGUUGGUGGCAUCCUUCCCGGCGGUCGCCGCCGCCGCAGCGCGCCCCGAGAAGGAUGCCACCGUCGCCACGGAGAUGACCCUGGAGGAGAUGCUGCGAGAACGCUGCGAGGUGACGCGUGGCAGUGGGGGCAGCAACAGUUGCAUCUCCGUGUCUGGAAAGGACUUACUUGCCAUAGCGGAGGAUUCCCUGUCCGAUAUUGAGGCGUUUCUCGGCAUGGUGCCUGCUCAGGUGCAGUCGCUCAAGUUAAGGGCGGGCGCGAACGGCAACGAGGACGAUUAUGAGGUCGAUGAGGAUGUGUGGGUCAACGGACUGCUCCAGCAGCUUUUCGAAGUCGAAGGUGCAGAGUCGCAGUUGCGUCGCAACAUGCGCCUGCAAAGCAGCGAAGUUAUUGAGGACGACGCAACGGAUGGCCGCGCGCGAUCGGCAACGACCAUGCCCGCGUCUGCGUUUGGCGACGACGAAGAGAGUGGGGGUGGAUGGAAGGGUGAUGACGCCGCCACUGGCGAGGAGAAUGCUAGGUCCACGUAUCGCAAUCUUUCCAAGAGUACCGUCACUCUCACGCGAGAGCAGCUGCAGCUGCUGCGCUCCCUUCCGGGUCGCAGCUACGGGUUUGACACUCUUCGGCCCAUCGCCAUCGGGCCUGCCCAGGGUGCAUCAGUGGCAGGGGAGGACUUAACAGACAGCUCUAGCACCGCCCGUUACACCUCUGUGGCACAUCUCUACUCGUUUCUGCUCAAUACACUGGACGACACGGUGGCUCGGCAGCAGUGGUGUGGGCUGGCGCGCAUCGUGACGUCGCUGGCGGUGCGCUUUCAUGUACUUGACGACUCUGAGGACGCCGCGCGACAGGCUGCAGCGCUGGCGGCGGUGAAGGACGAGUACGAGGAGCUGAAGAGCUCGAGAGUGGUACGGGAAAGCCCGGAGCGGCGGACUGAGAGUCCGCCCUCUUCGACUUCUCGACUACCCCCAGUCUCUGUAGGCUGCUCUCCUGGAGUGCCGGAGGCGGGGAAAGCCCGCACCGGCGCCGCAGGCGCGGCAAGCCCAGCUAGAGGUGGCAGAGUUGCCGCGCGGCUUGUACCUGCGACGCUACUACAGCAGCCCCAACCGCCAUCUUUUCCAUCAACAGCUAACGUGGUGCCGCGGCGUCCGCCAGGAGCGCACAGCGCCCCAUCCGUGAACAUCGCAUUGAACACAGGAGCGACGCCAUCACAGAGAGCGGCAGAGGCUGGAGUGUCGGUCGUCUGGACACCUCCAGUGCGCGACCUGCGAGGCGCCACCGCGACCCCGGCACAGGCGUUGACUGCGACUGUCUCUUCUAUCAUGCUCAGCGAGGAACUGCACAGCCGUGGAGCCUACCAACCGAACAGCACCCAGGAUAGCCUCAACGGUAGCUCGCCGGUAGGUUCCUCUGCGCAAGGUGCUCCGUCAUCUAGUCCAAGUCACUGUGCUGUUUCACGGAUCGGUGCUGAGGCACCGGUGCUGAUGGUGCCGCCGCCGUCUGCAGAGGUGCCCACGCCAGUAAUACCCACCGCAGCCCCAUUACCUGCACAGGAAGAUGGACGCGGUGUGAGGGAUUACGUCACGGAAUCGCCCGAGUGCAUUGCAGGAAUCACGUCAAGUGGUGGUAGCGCCUUUUGUCCGCCCAUGGCAGGGAACGCGGGCACCACAGCCGGUACCGCCUACGAAGCCCGAAUGCAUGCCCCCGUCGAGGUGCUUGCACGCGAACGAGGUGCUGGGCUUGCACCACCGCCGAUCCCUAUGCCCGCAUCGUCUUUGUCCAAUGCCCGCGACACCACACCCGGCACCUCCUCCUCGCUACGUCCAGACAACUCCUGCUCGACUGCCAUAGGCAGUUAUAGUAUCCCACGACAAAAUGCCACCCUGCAGACCCCGCUACCUCCGACUCUCCGAGCACGGGCUCCACCUCUUCUAUCGGCACCGACCCAUGUCUUGGGGCAUCCUCCAGACCCCAUCACCGUGCAGUCAGAGUCGUCAAACUCGCUUAGCCCGCUCGUCAUUCGCCACGAUCCGUCGCAGCAGUUGGGAUCACAGAGGAGACGCCAAUACUGCUUCCGUAUGGGGCCUUGA